CGCCUCACGAGUCUGGCCCCCGCCUGCUCCUCCUCGCCCGUUGAGGCUUGCGCAUGCGCGGUUAGCAGUCACUCCGGCGCAUCCCGGGGCAAGACUAGUGUGGGGAGACCCGGGGAACAGCGGUCGGUUACCUGAGCUGCCACCCCGGAGAAGCAGCCGGCGGGACAGGUGUGUGAGCAGCCGGCCGCCUUCCCGCUGCCCUUUGCGCUCCGGCGUUGCAGCUUCGCCCAAGAUAGUAUGUAUUUCUCAGGCUUUGGACUAUGUUUAGGUGUUCUAUUCAUCUCAGUCAGUGCAGAAUUAAUGAAUGAUGGUGUUGAGAUGGAAAACUUUGAUGAAAAUUCCGAUGAGAGUGAUGUCGAAGCUGAAAGCUCUUCAGAGAUUAACUAUCAGACACCUAAACCCAUAGGAGAAGUAUAUUUUAUAGCAACUUUUGAUAGUGGGAACUUGUCUGGGUGGGCCUUAUCACAAGCAAAGAAAGAUGAUAUGGAUGAUGAGAUUUCUAUGUAUGAUGGAAGAUGGGAAAUAGAAGGGCUGAAAGAAAAUCAGGUACCUGGUGACAGAGGACUGGUAAUGAAAUCUAGUGCAAAACAUCAUGCAAUAUCAGCUGUAUUAGCAAAACCCUUUAUUUUUGCUGAUAAACCUUUGGUAGUUCAAUAUGAAGUAAAUUUUCAAGAUGGUAUUGAGUGUGGAGGUGCAUACAUUAAACUCCUAACAGACACUGAUGAUUUGAUUCUGGAAAACUUUUAUGAUAAAACAUCUUAUACAAUUAUGUUUGGACCAGAUAAAUGCGGAGAAGAUUAUAAACUUCAUUUUAUCUUCAGACAUAAACAUCCUAAAACUGGAGUUUUUGAAGAGAAACAUGCCAAACCACCAAAUGUAGAGCUUAAAAACUUCUUUACAGACAGGAAGACUCAUCUUUAUACCCUUGUAAUGAAUCCAGAUGACACAUUUGAAGUAUUAAUUGAUCAAAUAGUUGUAAACAAAGGAAGUCUCUUAGAAGACGUGGUUCCUCCUGUCAAUCCUCCCAGAGAAAUUGAUGAUCCUGAUGAUAAAAAACCUGAUGAAUGGGAUGAAAGACUAAAAAUCCCUGAUCCUACUGCUGUCAAACCAGAAGAUUGGGAUGAAGACGAACCUGCCCUAGUAGAAGACUCAGGUGUGGUUAAACCCGACGGUUGGCUUGAUAAUGAACCAAAAUUUAUCCCUAAUCCUAGUGCCGAAAAACCUGAUGAUUGGAAUGAAGAUAUGAAUGGUGAAUGGAAGGCACCUCAUAUCCCUAAUCCAGCAUGUCGGAUUGGAUGUGGUGAGUGGAAACCUCCUCUGAUAGAUAACCCAAAAUACAAAGGAGUGUGGAAACCGCCAAUGAUCCAAAAUCCUAACUACCAGGGAAUCUGGAGUCCUCAAAAAAUUCCUAAUCCAGAUUAUUUCGAAGAUGACCAUCCAUUUCUUCUGACUUCUUUCAGUGCUCUUGGUUUAGAGCUUUGGUCUAUGACCUCUGAGAUCUACUUCGAUAAUUUUAUUAUAUGUUCAGAAAAAGAAGUAGCAGAUCGCUGGGCUGAAGAUAGCUGGAAAUUAAAAGUAUUGGUUGCAAAUGCUAAUGAGCCCGGUGUGUGGAAGCAGUUAAUGACGGCGGCUGAAGAGCACUCCUGGCUUUGGGCCAUUCUCGUGAUAGCAGGCCUUUCAGUAAUAUUACUUAUUUCAUUUUGUUGGCCAAGAAGAGUAAAGAAAAAACAUGAAGACACAGGGUAUAAGAAAGGGGCCAUAUGUAAACCACAAACAAAGGGAGCACUAGAGGAAGACGUGAAGGAAGAAAAAGAAGCCCUGGAGAAGCCAGUGGACUUGCAGGAGGAAAACAAACAAAGCGAUGGUGAAAUUCUUGAAAAAGAGGAGGAAAGUGAGCCUGAGCAAAAGAGUGAAGAAGCUGAUGUCAUAGAAGGGCAAGAAGAGGAGAAUAAAUCAAAUAAGUCUGGAUCAGAGGAUGAGAUGAAAGAAGCAGAUGAAAGCACAGGAUCUGGAGAUGGACCAAUAAAGUCACUACGCAAAAGGAAAGUACGAAAGGAAUAAACUCUAUUCAAGUAUUUCAUUUCCUGAGAGAGAAUUCUAAAGUCCUUGUGCCAGAACUGACCUGGAAUCAACCUGCACAUCCUGCUUAUAAAUAUCUAGCAAUGUUAUUCUUUCAGAUAUUUAGUCUUUUUGGGGGGAAAAAAUGUAACUUUGAAGUCACAUCUUCUUUGAAUUUGGAAUUAAUUUUUAAAAGUGGCAAGUUACAUAUCAGAUUUAUGAGACUGAUAUUAUUAGAUGUUACAAUUUUAAUAGUUGGAAGACAGUUUAGGUUUGUACCAAGCAACCUUACUGCUGCUGUUGGAAAAGUCAGUUAUUGGAAUUUCCACUUAAAUGGCUACAACAAGACUAAGUGGUGGUUUUAUAAUAAAAAUGAGAGUGUGUUCUGUUGUACAGAUCUAACAGCAAUAAACUUUCUUGUGGUUGUUUAAUUAUUUCAGCAAUUGAAAGUGUUGUAUGUGACCCAAUUUGUGUCGAAUUAUAGUUAAGGACAGUUGUUUGUUUAAAUCAUAGAUUCUUUUAAAGAGGCAAUGUGGUGACAAAACAUUAGUAAAAUGUCUGCCACUCAGUUUACACAGUAUUUUACAUUGGAAUACAACAAAAAUAGGCUUA